AGACCUUGGCAGGCCUCAGAGUUCCGGGCUUUGGGCUUCCACUAGGAUAUAUGCCUCCUGAAGAAGACCGAUUCCCCGUGCUGAUCGGUGUUCAUGGAUAUGACUGGAAAGCCGCCACCCUUCUUAUACGCGAAGUUUGCAUGCUCAAGUUCAUGGAGGAACUAACCAACAAGCCACUGUGGUGGGAGAAAGUCUGGAUACCCGACAUUGCAGAGAAAUGGAAGCAAGAGGCUUUGCAGAUGAAUUGGGAAGAGUAUCGCGCAUAUGCAGACUUCACCCCUGCCAUGGCAGAUGCAUGCAUAUACGAGCUGCGCAGAAAGGCAGACAUCGUAAAGAAAACCGGCCUGGUUACUAUUUUUGACUAUUCUUCUUGCGUGAUCAAAUCGGACAGUCUGAUUCCGGAGACCUUACGAGAGUCGCUCCGCUUAGCAGCUGCGGUGCUGGAAAACGUUCCGGAUGAUGAAAAGGAUUGGCAUCCGGGUAGUACCCAUAAGGUGCUCGAUCUCGUCCACCCUUCUCUAUGGCCCUUCAUAUACGGCCGUACCCCCGUACUACUCGACCGGCGAAUCAAUCUUGCGAAUGCGCUGAGCCACUGUGGUGUCGGCACGGUUCUUCCGGCACCGAAGCCCAUCGAGAUAGCUGGUCCCGGGAGCGACUGGUCAAGGCCGUUGGAGGAUCCAGUCCCGUCUCUCUCAUACAAGUUUCAAUGGCUGCCAUGUGAUGUCAUUCUUGAUGGCCAGUCGGCCAAGAUCGACAGUUAUAUAAACAACUUACACCCGGUUGAUCACGCGAAUCUAUACCCGAUCAUCGAACGGUUCAUCGAAAAGUCCCUCCCAGCUUGGGAUCUUAUCUACCGAUGGCCGAAGGAGUUUGAGACCCAGCGACUAAGAACAAGAGAGGCGCGAUCGGAAUGCACAACAAAGGAGAUAUGCCAGCUAUCUCAUGGGUGCUACCCGUGGAAUCGUCCGGUCGACGAGGGCGAGCCAUUCCGCGAUGAGAACGAACCUUAUACGAUGGAGUAUCGUGACUCUGAUCGGUUCAAGCGUGAUAUGGCAUGGUUAGCCAAGACUCACCGAUUGAACCUACCGGAGCCGGGGUUCGAAGAAGAUGGCUAUUUCCGACUCAAGGCAUCCGAUGUCAAAUCGAGCGGCUUCUUCAAUGGCACAUCUCGCAUUCAAGUGAUUGUCAAGCUUGCCAAUGUCCAUCUUACUCCCGAAGAUCCUGACUUCAAAUUUGAAGCAUCAAGAGAGCUUGCUGAAUGUAUAUAUGUUGACAACGAUACCACUGAAUUCGAAGGCGGAUCGUGGCACACCGAGGGAAUGCUCAAUGAGCGCAUUUGCGCGACCGCGCUCUUCUACUACGACUCGGAUAACAUCACAGACUGCCAUCUGGAGUUUCGGACGCCGGCUGACCGUGAAGAGCUGGUCGUGAAUCUCAACUACGAGCAGAGCCAGCAUUUCCCGAUAGAACGCACAUUUGCUAUUCCCAAUGCUAACCGGGACACUCUUCAAUAUGUUGGAGGCGUUCUCACUACGAACAGUCCCUCCACGGGAGAUGCUGAUACCCGUGCUGUCUUCUUUCCAAAUCUUCUUCAGCAUCGGGUUUCGCCGUUUCGCCUCAAGGAUCCUACAAAGCCAGGCCACCGCAAGAUUCUCGCCCUUUUCCUGGUUGAUCCCGCGAUUCCGGUCCUCUCCACAGCUAAUGUACCACCGCAGCAGCAUCAUUGGUGGGCUCGCGAAACAGGCGUCCAGAAGGCUCUUGCUGCACGCCUGCCGGCUGAGCUGACGCAGCUUGUCCUUGGUCAUGCGACCGUUCCCAUUGAGUUGGAGGAAGCCAAGAAGAUUCGGCUCGAACUCAUGGAUGAGAGAUCGACGAAGCAGGAUAACACGGAAGAGGAGCUAUACAGAACAAGCUGGAAUUUCUGUGAGCACUGAG